ACAGGACAUGGGAAGAGAAAUUGUCCGAAAGGAAUCACCCAAAGAACCAGGCACACGUAGUAGAUUAUGGUUUCAUGAAGAUAUUCGCCAUGUAUUAGAGGAAAAUACAGGAACAAACAAUGUUGAGGGGAUAAAAGUGGAUCUGCCUGAGGGUCAUAGUCAUGACAUGAUACACUUGAGUCCCAAAGCAUUUGCGAAGAUGAAGAGACUCAGAUUUUUUAUAAGCCGUGGUGCAUGCUUUUCUGGAAGAUCAAUUGAUUAUCUUUCUAAUGAAUUAAGAGUGCUUGAUUGGUCAAACUGUCCUUUACAAUCUUUGCCAUCCAAUUUCCAUGGAGAGAAGCUCUUUGAUUUCAAACUAUAUAGAGGCCGCAUCCAGGAGAUUACCGGGCAAUUUAAGAACUUGACGAGAAUGAAAUUUUUUGAGUGCAAGUUCUUAACCAAAAUCUCGAAUCUUUCGAGUUGCUCAAGUUUAAAGGAAUUGGAUAUUAGGGAUUGUGAAAAUUUAGUCAAAGUUCAUGAUUCUGUUGGAUUCCUGGAUAAGCUUACUCAUCUGCGUCUUUCUCAAUGCUCCAACAUGAAGAGUUUUCCAAGGCAUCUCAAGUUGAGAUCUCUAGAAGUCCUUACACUUCAUAAUUGCUCAAAACUUCAAACCUUUCCAGAAAUCAAGUGUAAAAUGGAAUAUUUAUGUUGCAUCUCAUUAUUCGGCACUCCAAUAAAAGAAUUGCCUUCAUCCAUUGGGUACCUCACUCCUGCGCUUAAAGAGUUACUUUUGGGACAAUGCACAAAACUUUUGCGUCUCCCUAGUACAAUUCAUCAGUUGCAAAAUCUAAAGGUGUUUUGCUUGAGAGAUUGUAUUAAUGGAUGCUUUACUGGGAUUGAACCUUUAUAUAUAGAAGGCUGCAAGGACCUAAUGCAUCUCCCACUCAGCGUUUCUCACUCGCAACCUCAAAAGAGUCUUUCUCUAAAUAUUUGUCCAAAUCUUGCACAAGAUGAACAAAGUAAUUUAUCCUUUGCGUGCCACACUGGGCUUAAAGAUUCACACCUAACAACAUACAGAAUGAUUAAGAGGUCGGAACCAGAAUUAAGUGCUGAAUUACUACGACAACUCUUGUCGUCGCUUUAUUGGUAUCUUGACGACUUCUCAUUUUAUUGCACAUCCACUUUGCAAGAGUUAGAUCUAUCUUGCAGUGCUAUUGUCAGCCUUCCUCCGAACAUCAAAAGAUAUGUUGAAUUGAGAAUUCUCAGAUUGACAAAUUGUGAGAAACUUCAAGAAAUUCUACAACUUCCACCAAAUAUACAAGAGCUAUAUGCUAGUAAUUGUUUCUCCUUGGAAAGAUGCCCAAAAAUAUCAACAAAAUUUCAAUUCUAUACAUGUGGCUUGCGAGAGCUAAGAUGGAUUGACUUGUCCAGUUGCCAUAAAUUGGUUGCAAAUAUAGGGAGUCAAGUGCCAAAUCCUUCAUUUGUUGAGGAACAUAUUCAAGACCAUUCAUGUGGUAUUAUAUUUCCAGGGAAUAAGAUUCCGGAUUGGUUUAGCCAUACUAAGGAGAUUUCGACUAGUCAUUCCUGUGAAUUGGACAUUAGUGGUCCCUUGUAUUUGGAAGAAAUCAUAGGAAUUGUUUUAUGUGUUGUUCUUGGAUUCGACCCAGAUUACCCCAUGGGACCCUUCUCCGGUAUUUGUGUUUCUAUAAAUGGUAGCAUGCUUGUAGAAGAGAGGUUUUACUUAUAUGGAGGCUCGGAUCAUGUAUAUCUAAAUUACUCAUUUCCAGAAUGUAUCGAGCAAUUGUUGCGGUACCCAACAGGAGACAAUCUGAGGUUUAGAUUUUAUUGUGAUUCUUAUAAAGUGAUGUUUAAAAGUUGCGGAGUUCACAUAAUCUAUAAGCAUGAAGAGAAUGAGAAUUUAACAGUUGGGGAGUGCUCAGUAGAUUCAUCGAAUGGUAUCCAACUUUCUAAGAGACGUCUAGAUGAUGAAGACAGCAACUUGGAAUUCAAUGGGUACCCACAACACAAGAGACGCUCUCAAGACUUGGGCAAUUCAAAUGCAACAUAGUUAGGCUCGCCACAAUCGUAUUCUUGCCAGCCAUCUCACGCACAAAUCACACCAUCUUCUUCCUUCAAUUGGAGUGACUUCCUCAACGAACUUGUUCCCUGUUUGGGCUUUUAGGAACAACAAGAUCUCUACUUCGAGGGAGUCUCGUCGCCAACCAAUUACCCUUCAACUCUCGAGCAAAUACCACAGUUAAACUAUGAUACUGGGAAUUAUAAUGGCCUAAAUUGAAUUGGACAUGAGAGUGGUUUUGAGACAUUUGAUUUUGG